AUGAUCGGAAUAUAUAGUAGAUUCGAAGAAUGGAGAUACGACAUCAAAGGCGUUCCUUACUCCUUUCACCGAUCACUGUGUGAGAACCUGGGCUACCCAGACCUCAACAAUUGUCCGGCUACUCCUCUGCCGGUCUGGAGCGUCAAUGGCAUCAUGAUGUGGAUCGGCGCCUGGUCUCUACGGUAUACCAAUCCUUCUGUCGGAGGCGCCAACUACUAUGGAAUGGUUAUGUUCAACAGUCUCACGCACGUUAUGCGAGCCAUUCUGGAUGGUGAAUACAACGCAGGCCUUCUCAGCACUCUAGUCAAUUUCAUGCCUGCCUCUUAUUACUUUUACUCUGUCAUGUUGGCAGACAAGAAGCUCAAAGCAGCUGGAAUCGCGCGCUCAUUCGUUGUUGGAGUCGUCGGUCACCUGCUCUGGAUUCUUCCCUACAUUUGGAUCGACAAGGGUUACAUCAGCGAGAUUACAGCUUGCGCUAUCCAAUUGCUCAACACCCUGAUGUUGCACGUCGUUAAUGUACCUAUUUGA